AUGGCCGGCGGGGAAGGAGCGGGCACCGGCGUGGCGGAGUGCCGGGAGCAUCUUUUCAAGGUGCUGGUGAUCGGGGAGCUAGGCGUGGGUAAAACCAGUAUUAUCAAGCGGUACGUGCACCAGCUCUUUUCCCAGCACUACCGGGCCACCAUCGGGGUGGAUUUUGCGCUCAAAGUUAUAAACUGGGACAAGAAGACCCUAGUGCGGCUGCAGCUCUGGGAUAUAGCAGGACAGGAGCGCUUUGGAAACAUGACCAGAGUAUACUAUAAGGAGGCAGUUGGUGCUUUUGUGGUCUUCGAUGUCACAAGAGGCUCCACUUUUGAGGCUGUUUCAAAAUGGAAGCAUGAUUUGGACAGUAAAGUAUUACUUCCCAAUGGCAGCCCCAUCCCUGCUGUUCUUCUUGCAAACAAGUGUGACCAGAAGAAGGAUGGUAGCCAUAACCCCUCUCAAAUGGACCAGUUCUGCAGAGAAGGUGGCUUUGUUGGAUGGUUUGAAACAUCUGCCAGGGACAACAUCAACAUAGAUGAAGCAGCUCGAUUCUUGGUGGAAAACAUACUUGCCAACUACAAAACUUUUCCUAAUGAAGAGAAUGAUGUGGGAAAACCAAAACUAGGUCUUGACCCAUUGAAAGCAGAGAGUAAAUCACAGUGCUGCUAA